GGCAGUCACGCGCUUUCCAGGAAGUGUGGAAGGAAGAAGGAAAAACAAAACAAAGCCCUGCGAGCAGUGACAGCGUGAGGACUAAAACCCUGGAAGCUGCGGUACCAAAAAAAAACAAGACUUUUUUUUUUGUUUCUUUUUUUAAAAGAGCUUUUCUUGCACGCUGAGAGACGCCGACGGCGCCCGCCUGGAGACUUUGAUCCGGAACGUGGAGACGUGCCUGAGCACACCGGAUUGAGCCGCCGUACUGACCCCGCCCACUCUCCCCGCCCCCACCCCAACCCCACUUUCUCCCCGGCCACCCUCAAGCCACUGGGACUGGACAGGAGGCUCGGAGGAUUCCCCCGACUCCCCCGUCCCCCGCCCCCACCCCACGCUGGAGCGUUAAGCUGUGCCUUGCGAUGCCUCAGCCCAACCUCAGUGGGAUGGAGCCUCCCUUUGGGGACGACUUUCAGAACUUCUCCUUUGCCGACCAGGCACUGACCAGCACUGAGCUGUUAGCCAACACCUCCGACCCGGAUUUCAUGUACGAGUUGGACCGAGAAAUGAGUCACCGACAGAGCCCCUACGGCGACGGCGUGGUGGGCGGCGCCGACGGCGCCAAAGAGUCUGACGGCGGCGCGGAGCAGCUGAUGUUGUCCGGCGAUUACGACACCGUGCACGGCAGCGCGGUCUUUGAGCAGUGGGACUCGUACUGGGAAGACCUGACCAGAUACACUCGCCUGGCCAGCUGUGACAUUUGGGGCACCAAGGAGGUGGACUUCCUGGGGAUAGACGACUUUUCCAGUCCUUACCAGGACGAGGAGGUGAUUGGCAGAACUCCCACCUUGGCUCAGCUCAACAGCGAGGACUCCCAGCCCGUCUGCGAGGUGCUUUACCCGCCGGUCGACCUCGGCCCCCCUGCACCGCCGCCGCAACCCGCUUGCCCCAACAAGAGACCCCCGCUCCUCGGCUCGGGCCCCGGCCUUUCCCGGCCCUCCGCAAGCUCCUCCUCCUCAUCUCGCCAUUCUCGGAAUCUCCUGCCGGACUUCCCUGAAGGUUUCCAGAAGGCCACCAGGCCGGUCCCCUCCAGCACCGAGACCAUGACAAAGACGCAGCCCUUCCUGAGCGCCGCCCCGGACCCCGGCCACGUUCCGGUCAAAGCCCAGGGGCGAGCCAGCAAGAUGGCAGCCCCCGCCUCCGGAAGCUUUGACUUUGUACGCAAGGCUAAAGUCCGCGUGAGCACCGCUCUUAAAAGUCAGGCCGACGCCCCCUCCCAGACUUACCUGGAGAGGUUAGCCGCCCCUCCCGACAACGUGGCGUCCACCUCCGGCAGCUUCGAGAGGAGGGCGGAGCCGAGCAGGAAGAGGGAGACGCCGUCGGAGUGGGCCACCGCCCCUCAGCUGGCCGAGGCCAGCCCCGAGGGCGGAGCAUCGGUGGCGAGGAGUGUGGAGGUCGUGGGCGGAGUUAGCGCUGGCGAGGGAGCGGACGUGGUCGAAGGCAGGGAGAAGAGCAAAGAAGAAGAACACAACUACUCGCUCUUCCUGACGCGAAGACGUCUGGCGGGAAGAAGCCACUCCUACCUGGAGGAGGAGGAGGAGGAGGAAGAAGAAGAGGAGGAGGAAGAAGAGGAGGAAGCGGAGGAGGAGGAGGAGGACGAAGGCGACGGCCUGGAGCUGGACGAUGAAGACCACGACGAAGGUUUCGGCAGCGAGCACGAGCUGUCCGACAACGAGGAAGAGGACGAGGACGAAGACUACGAAGCCGACAAGGACGACGACAUGAGCGACGCCUUCUCCGAGCCAGGCUGCGACGCGGCGCUGAUGGACGACGACAAGGGUCUGACGGCGGGGGUGUCGAGCCACAAGCGAGGGAAGCGCCGCUACUUCUGGGAGUACAGCGAGCAGCUGACGCCCUCCAAGCAGGAGCGCAUGCUCAAACCCUCCGAGUGGGACCGCCACACGUUGCCGAGCAACCUGUACCAGAAGAACGGACCCCUGCACGGCAAGUACAUGCUGAAGAAGUCUCGGCGUACGGACGUGGAAGACCUGACCCCCAAUCCCAGGAAGCUUCUUCAGAUCGGCACGGAGCUGCGAAAACUCAACAAGGUGAUCGGCGACCUGACGCCCGUCAGCGAGCUGCCCUUCACCGCGCGGCCCUGGUCCCGCAAGGAGAAAAACAAGCUGGCGUCCAGGGCUUGUCGUCUGAAGAAGAAGGCUCAGUACGAAGCCAACAAGGUCAAACUGUGGGGACUCAGCACCGAGUACGAUCGCCUGCUGUUCGUCAUCAACGCCAUCAAGGAGGAGAUCGUCACCCGCGCGGAGGACUCGUCUCCUCGGCCCAGCAACAUGAGCGACACGCUGGAGCGACUCAUCCAGGAGACCCUCGUGGAACCGCCUGUUGCCGGCCAGACUUCGGACUUCGUCAACAAGAUCCUGGAGACCACAGGAGGCGGCGACCCCACCGGCGGACUGGUGGGCCUGCGCGUGCCCACCUCCAAAAUCUAGACGGACGGCGGCGUGGACUCAGCGCUCCCACCGUGCUGUCCCCCUUGUAACCGCGCCCCUCUGCAUGCCCCUCCCAACCAGAUUACGCACAUGUCUAUUCACACCUGCACACUACACACGCGUGUGUGUGUGUGUGUGCGUGUGUGUGUGUGUGUGUGUGCGUGCGCUUCGUGUAGCACCUUGUUGCACCUUGAAUGACGCCCUCGCUUCCUGCACAGUCCCCCUCCGCCCCCCCCGCCCCCUUUCCGACUCAUCCUGGCCGACUUGUCUUCGGCGAGCGUGUUGUUCGCAUGCACUUUGCAACACGUCAACGGCUCUUUGGUCGCCACGGCGACCGGCGAGAAAACUGCGCGCCCGCCCGCACGCGUUCCCCCGGAAAAAGGCGAGGAGAGAUGGGGGGUGGGAAACGUCCGAGGGCGGGCGACAGGAAACAGUUCGGUGCUAGUUCCCGCGUGGACGGAGUAUAAACGGGCAUCGGACGGAACGAUGAAGGCGACGCUCCUCCCGGGAGGAAGGUGGCUCCGGCCUCCCGUUGUACAGUAGACGUGAGAGCGCUCAGAGUGUGUGUUCAUACUCGUGUUUGAUCCCACUUCUAUUCAUUGUGCCUUUGUGUGUGUGUGUGUGUGUGUGUGUGUGUGUGCGCGUGUGUGUGGGAGGAGACGCCUGCGAGGGCCGCGAUGUGUUCAAAGAUCUUGUGAAUGUACGUAAAUAUGAGCGCUCUGCUUGCGUGAUGCCACAGAGUCACUAUGUGUGUGUGUGUGUGUGUGUGUGUGGCCUCUGCAGUAGGUGACUUUUGCUUGU